AUGGUUGAACAUAUCUCGAUCAACGGUGCUAGUCUAGCAUAUCGGCUGAUUGGGCCCGAGGAUGCACCUCUCAUGAUCACUUUACACGGUGGACGAGGCUUUGGAGACCAUAAAUCAGACUUCAAAGCAUACUCGCCACUUUCUUCCUCCUACCGUGUUCUUUCUUUCGAUUUUCGAGGACAUGGUCAAAGUUCGCAAACGGAACCUUUCACUUUCCAUCAAUUAGUUGAAGAUAUUGAAAGCAUCCGGCAGCAUUUUUCCUGGCCUGAUCGACCCUGUAUUGUAUGCGGCGGUAGUUUCGGUGGAUUUCUAGCACAACAGUAUGCAAUCACAUAUCCAGAUCAAGUUUCGCAUUUGAUACUACGAGGAACGGCUCCUUCACAUCACCACGAGGAGAAGGCAGUCCGAACUCUGGUGGAAAGAGCCUCUAAAGCUCCCGGUCUAUCAAUCAAAUUCUUGAAAGACAAGAUUUUCGGUCGAUUUGACAGCGAUCUUGAAUUCCGACUCGUCAUGUACGCGGCUGCGCCAUUAUAUAGCGAGCACUUUGACGCGGACGUCGCUUUGAAGCAUAACCUGGACACAGUAUUUUACGCCAAGUCCCAUAAUGAUCUUUAUGCGGAGCCGGAAAAGUUUUUCGAUUACAGGGACCGACUUCAUCUGAUUACGGCGAAGUCGUUGGUUAUUGUGGGUGGACGUGAUUGGAUUUGUCCACCGGAGCAAUCGAAAGAUAUUGCGACGAGAAUCCCAGGGGCGCGCCUGGAAAUCAUUGAAAAUGCCAAUCAUGGUGUUCAUCUGGAGAAAAACGCAGAGGUCAUCGAGCUCAUUCAGGAGCAUCUUUCAUGA